AUGGGAGCUAACAUGUCCUUAGAAGAUUCUAUUGAUGCACGACCCCAAAGCGAUAGACGACCCACUGAAGAUAUCAAUGUAAAAGUCGUACAAGGAAUUUCAUCGUAUGAUAUUAUUUGUUUGGGUGUUGGUAAAGGUGCUACUGCUGUCUAUUCGAAUCAAGCAAGCAGUUCAUUUGCUCUUCUACGUCGAUCAACAAAAGAAUGUAUUCUUCUCAUUGAUAUUGGUCUUGGCUCAAUUUAUGCCCUUCAAAAAUAUUUAGAAAAAUCUGAUGUCAUACCUCGGCAAAUAUUCGUUUCUCAUAAUCAUACAGAUCAUAGCGGAGAAUUGCCUGUGUAUAUUGCCAAUGAAGCUUUAAAAUCCGUUGUUCAAGUCUAUUGCUAUACAGGCGUUCAGUCGCGUCUACGUCAACAUCGGUGUGCUGAACUUGAAUCGGCAACAACAGAUUUUUUUAAAAAUGUAAAAUGGAUCAUGUGCGAUGAAUCACAAGUUGUUGAACUUGAUUCAGGAGAUCCGAAUUCAAAAUUAAAAAUACGUGUUCAACGAAGUCAGCACAGUGAACUAUGUGGUGGUUUUGUUCUGUAUGAAAAUGAUCAAGCAAUUCUGGGUUUUUCUGGAGACUCUGGUUUCAAUGAAGAAUAUUUUAAAUUUCUCUGGACAGCACCAACAAUUUUGGUUGAUGGCCGUGAAAAAAGUACCUAUGAACAUGCUAGUUUUGAUGAAAUUUUAAAUUUUUAUAAAACAACGAGUAAACAACGGCGAGUUUUUGUCUAUCAUUAUGGUCUUGCAAAUGAAAAACCAACAUUUCCUAUUGAGUCUAUAUCGGCUGUAAUACCUGGUCAAGUUAUACAAUUAAUGUUGCCUCAAUGA